AUGACCAUUAGGCCACUUCAGAAGGUCUCCGUUGGCCAAAAUGGCAUCGGCGCCUUCAUCCUCCAGUGCAAGAGGCUGGAAUUCCACUACUGCGACUGGGCAGGGAGCUCCAAGGGCAUGAACCAGUUCAUCAGGCAGCAUCUCCCGACCUUCGCCGCGAAAAACCCCCAGAUUGAAAUCACCGUGUCCCCAAGGCCACAAAAGCACCCUGUCGUCGUCGGACACUUCAUCAAUGGCAACAACAGGCCAGUCUGCGUCCGAAACCUCGAUGCGAACCAGAUCCUCAAGAAGGUCGAGCUGCUGCGUGAGAUGAACGGUGAAGUCAACAAGAAGUUUUCCAAGCCGGUCAGGAGUAUCAACGAGAGUGUCAGAGGUAUCUGGAGUCCAUACCACGGCAAUGGUAUGCCUGUAUAG